AUUUCAAAUGUCUUUUUAUCCAGGAUUCUACCCAUCAUACACACAACCCCUUGCAGCAUCCUUUGCAGCCCCUCUUGCUUAUCCUUAAGCCUCAAUUGUUAGACCUAUUGCCACAACUCCCAUUUACACAGCUCCUGCCCCUAUUUAUACAGCCCCAGCACCAGUUGUCACUUAAUCAGUUGUCUAGCCAGUAGUUCAAUCAGUUGUGCAACCAGUUGUUGCAGCUCAACCAGCAAUCAAGGGAGAAUCCAGAGUUGAGUAUAGAGAGUAUUAAAGACCAGUUGUGGAAUACGAGACUGAGACUGUUGAAGUUAAAAAGCCUGUGACAAAAUAUGUUACAGAUUAUUACCCUGUUGAAUAUUAAACAGAUUACAUCCCAAGAACAGUCUACGAAACAUAAACAGAAUAUGUACCUGUAUAAAAAACAAUUCCAAGAGUUGAAUAUGAAGCAGUAGAGAGAGAAGUCUAAAGAGUUGUAUGAUGUAUUAGUGAGAUUUAGCCUGCUGCCCCUGUUCAAUAUGCUCCUGCUCCUGUUCAAUAUGCCCCUGCUCCUUUAACUUAUUCAGUUGUUCAGCCAGUACCUUAAGUGGUCGCCUAACCUGUAGCAUCAUAUGCCACUCCAUUAACAUAUUCUACAGUGAGACCUGCAUAUUAUGGUGGAUACCCAUAUUAUUAUUGAUGUGGAAAGAAUUUUAUAUUAAAAAUCCA